CGCAGGCGUGUGCUAAGCUGGCUUAUGUUAAGCGUCCUAACCUAACUGGAAAACGUUUGUGGCGCGCGAUUGCUGACGUAUAUGUGCGACUAUCAGCGACUUCCCUCUGCCCCGGCAUCUGUACGAAUUCAGACGAGCACAUUCAAUUCAAAAUCAUGGUUGGCGCACUUCUUGCACUAGCUCUGUUGCUAUUCUUCAUCUGGUGGAUGAGCAAUAUAUGGAGUCGCAGGAGCUUACCGCCAGGACCAUGGGGGCUACCUAUUUUAGGAUAUCUAGCUUCCUUAGACCCAAAGAACCCGCAUUUAACAUUGACCAAAUUAUCGAAACAAUACGGCGGCAUUUAUGGUUUGUAUCUUGGCGGGAUCUAUACUAUUGUACUGAGCGAUGUAAAACUGGUCAAAAAAGUACUAGCAAUGGACGCUACCACCGGCAGAGCACCACUUCAUUUGACCCAUGGUGUUAUGCGAGGGUUCGGUUUAAUAUGCGCACAAGGCAAUUUAUGGAAAGAUCAACGCAAGUUUGUUUCCACUUGUCUGAGGCAAUUCGGGGCCUCGAAAUUUGGCGUUCGAAGAGAAGAACUCGGCGCUAAAAUUAUGCUCCAAGUAACAAAUUCGAUAACAUAUCUUAAAGAACAUGGUGCGAAGGGUGUAGAUCCAACAGAUGCUUUUUACCACACUGUUGGUACAUUUAUGAACGAAUUAGUUUUCGGUUUAAAAUAUGAUCGUGAUGAUGAUACUUGGCAAUACAUUAAGUUUUUACAAGAAGAAGGAAUCAAAAAUUUUGGUGUUGCGGGACCUGUUAAUUUUCUGUCAUUUUUGAGGUAUGUUCCAAAAUAUAAAAAAGUAUUUGAUUUCAUCAUUGAUGGCAUGCGUCGUACACAUAAAAUAUACCACGAUAUAAUCAACGAUCGCGUAUUAAAUGGUGCACCGAAGAACAUUCUAGAAGCAUUCUUGGCUGAAAGACAACGUCUAGGUGAUGCUCCAGAGUCUACUCAAUUCUACAAUGAUCAACAGUUUGCUCAUUUACUUGGAGACGUUUUCGGAGCUGGUCUUCAUACGACAUUGACUACAAUUUGCUGGUAUUGCUUGCAUAUGGCUGCCAACCCGGAAGUGCAGGACAAAGUCCACGCGGAAUUAGAUGCGGCGUUGCAAGGACGCGAGGUGACGCUUGAUGAUCAGGACCUGCUUCCGUGUACAAUGGCGUCCAUUGCUGAAGUUCAACGGUUUAACACUGUGGUACCCAUUGGGAUACCACAUGGUACCCUGGAGGAAUUAACUGUAGAAGGGUACCGUAUUCCGAAGGGGACUAUGAUUAUGCCAUUGCAGUGGGCAAUUCAUACUGAUCCCAAAUAUUGGGAUGAACCAGAGAAGUUUAAAUUGGAGCAUUUUAUCAACGAGGAAGGAAAGUUUUAUAGACCAGAAGCAUUCAUUCCUUAUCAAACAGGGAAGCGAAUGUGUGUAGGUGAUGAACUCGCCAAAAUGCUGCUGUUUCUCUUUAUUGCCAAUAUUAUGAAAGAAUUCCGCAUUUCUGCCGAUGGAGACGUAAAUUUCCAAGGUCUAAACAGUGUGACAUAUUGUCCCUUACCUCAAGAAUUAAUUUUUACGCCUCGCAAUCAAAAAUAAUUAUACGCAAUAUACUUAAAACUGAAAUAAACAAGUAAAUAUUU